GUCAACCGCCGUUAAACUCCAUCGAAGAAGAAGACACUUUCCCUUCAUCGGAUCAUUGUUUAAAUCACAAGGAGAGUUACAGAGGAGGUAUCUUUAAUAAGGUUGGAUGAAAUUGAUUGUAAUCUUAUUGCUACAUCUGUGAAGUUGUAAGACGAACGGAAAAGUGAAUUGAAAACAUUAUACAGUUCUAUCUCUGCAGUCAUCUACCUCUGAUACCCGUAGCAUUGGUUUGGUAUCGGUAACUACCGUUACAAUCAGCGGCCACUUGUCUGCAUUUUCAAUACUAUUUUUACAAUCGUAGCUAUUUUAAUGCAUACUAUCGCUUAUUUUCGUGCUUUGUUGUAUGGUGUAAGAAGUCUGUGAAGUUGUGAAAUAGUGUUUACGUGAUGCAGGCUACAGUUCAGUAACUUUAGCAUGCUACUGUACAGUAGUUUAUUUUCGGUUCCAGUGUAUAACAGUUUUAUUCAACAUGUAUCAGUCAUGGAUUAGCUUAUACAUGUAUUAUGUUAUCUAGUUUAAUGGUGUGAUAAUCGGGAUAUUUGCCUUGCAUUUCAAUCUACACAUGAAUAUGGUUCUGCAAUGUAUUGCAAUGUUAGGUAGGCUAUUCAAUUCCCUUGGCAUUCUGCAAGCAUGAAUACUUUACAAUAAUGGAAGAUAUGCAUUGUGUUAAUCUUACUAUUUGUCCAUGUAUUGAAUGAUACACAGCUUUCCAUAAAUGCAGUGUGGACUUUUUACAGAUGAAACCCCUUCCAUUAUGACACUCCCUUCCUGUAUCUGUCAUAAAGGCCUAUGCAUUCUUUGUCCUUUAGUUACACAACUAAAUCUAGUAUCUGUCACUUACCUUUCAUGCUGUAGAUCUGCUCUCAUGGUGCUGAGAAUGCUUAGUACUGUAUCUGUCACUUAUGUAUUCUCUGUAUGUAUUAGGUAUGAACCCUUGGACAUACAGGUACCUCCAGCGCUCCCUCCUGCCUCACAUUUGGCCCCUGUCCCUGGUGAUCUACUCCAGACCCACUUGUAUCCACCCCAGGCUUCUGAACUUGCCCCAGUGGGGUGAAGACCAGAAGAGGGUGAUGUCCUUCCUGCCUCUCUCUCUCUCUCCCUUAAAUGCAGCUGGUGAUUCCAGAGAGCCGGCGGGCAUCUCUCAACAAGAAGCAGCAGUGGAUUGACCGGAUGCUGUUUACCAGGAGCCUCCUACAGAGCUCACAGUUCAUCACUGUCCUUUCCCUGGUAGGGAGAAGACCAGAAGAGGGUGAUAUCCUUCCUGUCUCCAAGUUCUGCCUCAGAAAGUGCUGGGUGAAGAAGUUCAGUGAUGUUCCACAGUGCAAGAGUUUCUUCCUGAAGGGGACAACUCCAAAUCUCCCAGGUAUUUUGGUUGGUGGGAUAUUCAAGAAUGAGGACCGCUACAAGCCGAUCUGCCAGAAGUACAAAAACUUCUACAGGUUUGCAACUCUCUACGACACAUUCAACAGGAUCCCUGUGUUCUCAGCCUACACCUUCACUGGUAAUACAACGGGUCGACCAAUAGAUCGCUGGAUGAUCGAGCCUGGGGUGGUGUCCUUCAACGAUGGCAGCUGGAAGACAAUGGAGAGAAAUGUCAGAGGAACUCUGAAGCUUAACUGUAAGGAUGCUAACGACCAGAUAAAAGCCUAUGUGGUGACUGGAGCAGUUCCCAACAACAACAAAACCAAACUGAACAACCGAGUGAACAUCCCGUAUCUCAUGUGGACAGCCUACUGCUGUGAAAACAAGAAGUACAAGAAGAACAAGAAGUGGAUGGCCGGAGCAUACUGGGGGGAGAACAAGAAGGGGACAGGGGCAUUGGAUCAACAAACCUUGGGAGCACUCGAAAUCAUGUUGAACAGAUAUUACAAAGGUAAAGAUGGUCCUGUCAAGGUGUUCCCAGAAGAUUGUCCAAGAGGUCCUAAACCUACCACUUCCUCCUAACCCAGUUGGAAGAAUUCCUUCCGUAGUGAGGAAUCUUUACAAUUCCAUGAGAAAUAGUUCUGGAAGGAUCUUUGGAUGAUCUGGGUACAGAUGCUCACACCAUAUCAACAAACUAUCAUUACUGUUAGACUAAUGAUUAUCAGGGUUAUAAUGGUAAUGAGGGUUAUAAUGGUAAUGAGGGUUACAAUGGUAAUGGGGGUUGUAAUGGUAAUGGGGGUUGUAAUGGUAAUGAGGGUUAUAAUGGUAAUGAGGGUUAUAAUGGUAAUGAGGGUUGUAAUGGUAAUGAGGGUUAUAAUGGUAAUGAGGGUUGUAAUGGUAAUGAGGGUUAUAAUGGUAAUGAGGGUUAUAAUGGUAAUGAGGGUUAUAAUGGUAAUGAGGGUUGUAAUGGUAAUGAGGGUUGUAAUGGUAAUGAGGGUUGUAAUGGUAACGAGGGUUGUAAUGGUAACGAGGGUUAUAAUGGUAAUGAGGGUUACAUGUCAACAUAUGUACACUUUCAAUUGUAAUAUUUUUCUCUUCUAUGUCUAUAUAUAUCUAUAUUCUAUACUCUUCUCUCCCCUCUCUACCCAUCUCUUCUAUGUCUAUAUAUAUCUAUAGUCUAUACUCUUCUCUCCCCUCUCUACCCAUCUCUUCUAUGUCUAUAUAUAUCUAUAUUAUAUACUCUUCUCUCCCCUCUCUACCCAUCUCUUCUAUGUCUAUAUAUAUCUAUAGUCUCUUCUCUUCCCUCUGUCCAUCUCUUCUAUGUCUAUAUAUAUCUAUAGUAUCUACUCUUCUCUUCCCUCUGUCCAUCUCUUCUCUGUUUAUAUCAAAUAUAAAAAGUAUGUAAGGGAACAGAAUUCUGUUUUAAUAAAUAAAAUACAGUUUAAUUCCUUGAUGAUGUGCUGCCAUUACUCUUGUUAAUGUUAAUAAUUAGGCUUCCAGCAGGGUUGAGAUCAAUUCCAUUUCAAUUCCAGUCAGUUCUAGAAGUACACUGGAAAUCCAUUUCUCUGCAAUGCUUUUCAAUGAGGAACAUUUGGAAUUGAAAUAGAAUUAACCCCAACCCUGGUCUACAGUUUGUCAGGUUGUGACUUCCUUAUGACUGUUACCAUGGAGAUACUAUUAUAUGUUCUGAAUGUCAUUCUAUCACUGUUACCAUAGAGAUACUAUUAUAUGUUCUGAAUGUAAUUCUAUCACUGUUACCAUAGAGAUACUAUUAUAUGUUCUGAAUGUAAUUAUAUCACUGUUACCAUAGAGAUACUAUUAUAUGUUCUGAAUGUAAUUCUAUAACUGUUACCAUAGAGAUACUAUUAUAUGUUCUGAAUGUAAUUCUAUCACUGUUACCAUAGAGAUACUAUUAUAUGUUCUGAAUGUAAUUAUAUCACUGUUACCAUAGAGAUACUAUUAUAUGUUCUGAAUGAGAUACUAUUACAUGUUCUGAAUGAGAUACUAUUAUAUGUUCUGAAUGUAAUUCUAUAACUGUUACCAUAGAGAUACUAUUAUAUGUUCUGAAUGUAAUUAUAUCACUGUAUGUAUCCAUCUUCUUCCCAUUUGAAGGAAUAAACAUCUAUAAUGAAUGAA